UGUGUUUUCCAUUAUUUUCACACAGAGAGUAAGUGUAGAAAAUUGAACAGAGAAGUGCUGUGCAAUCUGCAAUGAAGAUGGUGAUGAUAAUUAUGUUAUUAGUAAUCCCGAUGAUGAUGCCUUGCAUGCCCUGCUCCUCCGCAUGUCAUGCGGAUGAAAGGAAUUCCCUCUUUGAUUUCAAACUGGGCCUCAACUUCACUUCUUCUGAUAACACGCUGCAAUCUUGGAUGGGAUUUAACUGCUGCGCGUGGGAAGGAGUCACCUGCCACCCACUCACUGCCCACGUCAUUUCCUUAGAUCUCACUCCUCAAUCCCUUAAUGCCUCCUGGAUUACUGAUAAGUCUUCCAACUGGCCAUUCAUGUCGUGGAGGGAACUUCGUGGGGGACUAUUCCAACUGCGGCAUCUCCAGCGCUUGGACUUGAGUGAGAAUGCCUUCUUUCCUCCUCUUGCCAUCCCUUCACAGUUUCACAAGCUCAACAAUUUGAGGUAUUUAAGCUUGUACUACUCUAAUUUUAUUGGUUCCAUUCCAACAUCUUUGGGUAAAUUGUUAAACCUCACAGAUCUUAAUUUGCAUGUCAAUUUUUUGAGUGGCACCAUCCCAACAUCUUUGGGUAAGCUGUCAAAGCUCACAGUUCUUGACCUGAGUUCUAACUCUUUGAGUGGCACCAUCCCAACAUCUUUGGGUAAGCUGUCAAAGCUCACAUAUCUUGUCCUGAGUUCUAACUCUUUGAGUGGCACCAUCCCAACAUCUUUGGGUAAGUUGUCAAAGCUCACAUAUCUUGACCUGAGUUAUAACUCUUUGAGUGGCAACAUCCCAACAUCUUUGGGUAAGCUGUCAAAGCUCACAUAUCUUGUCCUGAUUUCUAACUCUUUGAGUGGCACCAUCCCAACAUCUUUGGGUAAGCUGUCAAAGCUCACAUAUCUUGUCCUGAGUUCUAACUCUUUGAGUGGCACCAUCCCAACAUCUUUGGGUAAGCUGUCAAAGCUCACAUAUCUUGUCCUGGGUUCUAACUCUUUGAGUGGCACCAUCCCCUUCUUAGGUAACCUCACCAAACUCACAAUACUUGAUCUUAGCAACAACCAACUAAGUGGGACUUACACACUUUCCUUUUUUGAUAAAAUCCCCAAUAUUCAAGCAUUGUAUCUUUCAACGAAUAUGUUGACUGUAAAAUUGAAUGCCACUUAUAUUCCCAAUUUUCAACUUGAAUCCAUAUAUUUGGGAUCCUGUAAUAUAGAAGGAGACUUUCCAUCUUUCAUUUCAACUCAAUACUCCUUACGCUCUUUAGACUUGUCUGAAAACUCUCUCAAUGGAAAUAUUCCUGAUUGGCUAUGGGAUUCUAGGCCCCUUGAUUAUCUCAACCUCUCUUCUAACCAGCUUGUAGGUAAUUUACCCUUCAAGUUGCUUGGAUUUACAGCUAUUGAUCUGCAUAAUAAUAAGCUACGAGGAAAUAUUCCUAUUUAUUUACAAGAUGUGAACUUCUUGGAUCUUUCAGAGAAUCUAUUUGAUGGACCCAUUCCACAUUCUAUUUGCGAGUCAAAUAAUUUGCGUUUUCUAGACUUGUCAAAUAACACACUUAGUGGUAAGAUUCCCUCAAGUUUAGACCAAUGCUCUCAGUUGUCCAUGUUGGAUCUAGAAAAGAAUAAUCUCAAGAGCACAAUUCCAAAUAUAUUUGGGAAUAUGACUUCUCUAGAAACAUUGAAAUUAGGUUUCAAUAGGCUUAAAGGAAACAUACCAUCAUCCCUUGCAAAUUGCACUUCCUUGGAAAUCCUAGAUCUAAGGAAUAACAAUAUUCAUGGGGGAAUUCCUACUUGGAUUGAAAGCUUGAAAAAUCUUCGCAUCCUAAUACUAAAAUCCAACAAAAUUGUUGGCAACAUACCUUUAGAAUUAUCAAACUUGCAGAAUCUUCAGAUAUUGGAUAUGUCAAGCAACAAAAUUUUUGGCACUAUUCCAAGUGGAUUUAUGAAAUUGAGUGCAAUGGCAAAUGAAACCGAAAACACAGAAACUCUCGAGUUGAAUACUACAAAUGUUGGGAGGAUUUAUAUAGAUAGCAUAAUCAUUGAGAACAAAGCACAAGAUAUGGAGUAUUCAAGAAUUUUGAGGUUAGUAAAGUGCCUUGAUCUAUCAAACAACAAAUUAUCAGGUAAAGUACCUCUUGAUAUUGAAUCCCUCAAAGGAUUGAUAAUUCUCAAUGUUUCAAGAAAUCAGUUGAGUGGUGCGAUUCCAAAAUCUUUGGGAAACAUGGUACAACUACAAUCACUUGAUCUUUCUAGAAAUGAAUUGUCAGGGAUGUUUCCUAUUGAGAUGCAAAAUCUCACAUAUUUGAGUUACUUUGAUGUGUCUCAUAAUAAGUUAUCAGGAAUGAUACCACAAGGAGGACAAAUGAUGACAUUUGAUUUUUCAUCAUUUUCGAACAACACAAAUCUAUGUGGUCUGCAAAUCAAUGUGUCAUGCUCAAGAAAUCAGUUUGUUUCUCCAAAUAAUGAGAAAAAAAAUAAAGAAAUGCUGGAGGAGGAUAUAUGGUGGGAUGUGGGAAUGGGAAUGGGAAAUUCAAUUGGAUUUUCAGUUCUAAUUUGGAUUUUGUGUUUCUCCAAAUCUUGGAGUGCAAAAUCUUUCAGAGUUAUGGAUGGUAUUAUUGAUUCUCUUUUUCAAACAUUCAGAAAAAAAUGGCGUCAUACCAGAUAACAUAUUUUCUGAUCUUCAUCUCCAGUAAACAUGUAUAUUCAGCACAGACCACCAGGAGUGGAGAGAUUUUAAUUCACUUUUCUCAACUAUUUUAGCAAUUUUUUAUUGGAGUUUGGGACAAUCAUGUAUUUGUAUGUGGCCUCCUAUUCCCAUAUAUGGUCUUCUAGAAAUAGCUGCUGAGCCAUUUAAAAGUUAAAACUGAUGGAGGGGAGGUGUUGCUUAACAAGGAAGUUUAUGUUGAUGUGCAGCCAUAGAUAUCAUCUUUCCAAAGGGCCAAGGCAAUUAUAAUUGAUCAUUUAGGUCAAAGUUUCUGAGGGGAAUCAAUCUAUUGUGUCCAAAUAAUGCUCUUGACAGGGAGUGAGAAAAAAAUUACAGGGAGAAAGUACUCUUGAUAAAAAGACUCUUCACAACUGGUGCAUAUUCAUCAAAAUAUAUUACUCAUUAUGUCUUCAAAAAUAAAUAAGACAAAGAUGCCAAAAUAUGGGACUCAUAAAUGGAAUAGCAGGUUCAACGGACAUAAAGAAAAUGAGUAGCACAAGCAAUGUUCAGUGGACAUAGUGUUGGUGACAUUGGACAUAAAGCAAUGUUCUAGUUCCAAGGCUAGGAAAUGCAUCAGAAAUAUACUUUAACAAUUCUGCUUAACCAUUGUGAUAGCAAUGACAAGAGUUACUGUAUCAGCCAACUUCUCAUGCAUUUAUGGGAUACAGUGUUUUGGAUUCAACCAGUGGGUUAUUGGCUUACCAUCCAAUUGUUGCAAUUAUGGUUGAGUUGUUUCUAGACAUCCACUUCAUUAUCUAUCUUGAAAUUCCAAGGCUAGGAAAUGCACAAGAAAUAUACUUAACAAUUCUGGUAUUCAUGUCUGCUGUAUUCAGGGCAGCAACACCGAGUAUCUGUUGUACAAAGAAGAUUUCUCACAUCUUCCUUUCCAUUCCUAGAGGACAGCAGUAGCGAUGAUAGAAGCUUGCGUUGUUAGGCUAAUGUUGUGGCUCUUUUGAAUAAUUUAUUAGUCAAGAAAAGAGAAGAAUGUAAAGUUUGAAGACAUGCAUUUUCAACAUCAGUUCAAUAAACCAACAGUUUGCAAGCUGCGAUGUUAUUGUUUUUUUUAGUUUUUUUUUUCUCAAGCUUCCUUGCCAGCUUCUAUGCAUAUUGUUUAAAGUUGUAAGCAUGAACAACAUAUAUUCUCAAUAACUUGUAAGAAGUUAGUCAGUUGAGAUGUAUUUGCAGAUAAUAUAGUCUUUAUUUUAUGGUUGA